AUGGUUGCAGCAUGUAUGUUGAACUUUACUUCAUACCCUUACCAACCAAGUGGUGACUGCAUAGGCGACCACGAAAAGAUAAAGCUCUGGGGUAGCAUCUCUUCAACUCUCUGCUGUCGAAAUGCCCUCAUCGCCUUCUCUGAGGCCCUUGCAGUGCAAUUACAUAGAACAAAUGGUGACAUCUUUGUUCAACGAGGUGCUUGGAGAAAAUGUGAUGGUCCUUUUCUUAGGCAAGAAUCAGUGUCCAUACAUUCUUGUGGCUUUGAUGACUUUUACUAUGGCAAUAGCCAAUGCUCAAGUCUAUCUCUGACAGAGAUUAAGAGUGAGCCAUCGUACCAAGACGCAUUAAAAGCUUGCUCAAAUAUUGGUUCUUCAUUUGAUGAUUCAUGCAAAAAAUGCACUGAUGCAAUACGAAAUGCAGUGGAGAACCAACUGGAACUACUGCAAAGGGAAAAAAAUCAUACUGAAAGAGCAAUAUGUGGAUUAGCAGUUGUUAUUUCAGUUGCUGCUCCAACAGUUGAUAAUCACCCUUUCAUUGCUGAUUUGUUCAGCUGUAUGUCUUCUUUAGAUGAUUUAGAUCCUGGCUACAGCAAAAAGAAAUGUGCCCUGGCAAAAGUACCAGCCUCUGUUGUUAUAGUGAUCAUCAUACUAAUGCUGAUCUUUAUUCUGGGAAAAUAUGUGACCAUGAGGAAGAGGAAGUGCAAGAAACAACUUCCUAAAGCUGUCAAAUCAAAAGAGUCUAAUAAGUGUUCCGGCCUCUACAGUUUCUCCAAGGAUGAGAUCGAGAAUGCAAUGAGUUGUAAUAGGAAAAGAAAGAGCCUAGGCAAAGGAAGCGCUGGUGAAGUUUAUGAAGGCGUUCUUCCUAGUGGACAGGUUGUGGCCAUCAAGCACAUAAACAAAAGCAAAUCCCCUGAUUCUUUUAAAAGAGAAGUUGCAGGUCUCUCCCGGAUUCGACAUCCAAACCUUGUUUCUAUGGUUGGUUGCUGCAUUGACGAUGAUGAGCAGUAUCUGGUGUUGGAAUAUUGCUCUGCUGGGAAUCUUGCUCAACAUCUCCUAAGCAAAGACAGUGGCUUGACAUGGGAAAAACGAGUUAAGAUCCUAAGAGACUGUGCAUUUGCAUUGAGGUAUCUCCACCAUUAUAUGGAUGGAUGCAUUGUUCACAGAGAUAUUAAGCUUACUAACAUACUCUUGACUGAGGAUUUUGAGCCCAAGCUCUCUGAUUUUGGGCUGGCAAAGAUUCUGGGAAUUGAAGAGAGCAAAGUGUUUACAGAUGUUAGAGGAACCAUAGGCUACAUGGAUCCAGAAUACAUGAUCAAUGCCAAGCUAACCUGUGCGAGUGACAUUUACAGCUUCGGUAUUGUUGCUUUGCAGAUUCUGUCAGGACAAAAGGUCUUUGAAUUGGAUCUUGAUGCCAGUAAUCAGCUCACAAGAAAAGCAAAAGAUGUGAGCAUGGGAAAACGUCCAUUAACAGAUUUUGAAGAUCCCAGGCUAGAGGGUAAUCUCAACAGGGUGGACUUUGAAUCAAUCUUGCAAAUUGCAGUCCUUUGUGUUGCUAAAUCAAGUGCAGGCCGGCCAACUAUUGAUAUUGUCUUUGAUGAGAUGGAAAGGGCUUGGAAAAACACUUUGGCUCACAUGGUUCGGUUACAUUCAUAUUUAAGGCCAUUUUUUCACAUAAAUACUAUCUUGAAUAGAGGAUAA